CCCUGAUACAGUGUUGCAUGUACCAGUGAUAUUAUGUAACGUAAACUAGCAAGAUACAGAAAACGUGUAAUCUACAAUUUCGCAAACUAUCCAAAAAUGGAAGUUGAGACAGACAAAGUGAUGAGCUCAGGAGACUCCAACCCCGCUGCCACACCCACUCCUUGUGUGGACAUCCAGGGAGAUGGCCGAUGGAUGUCUUUGCAUAACCACUUUGUGUCUAACAGCAAGGACAAGGAACCAGAUGUCCUGUUUGUAGGAGACUCUCUUGUCCAGCUCUUGCACCAGUUUGAGGUGUGGCGAGAGCUGUUCUCCCCUCUCCAUGCUCUCAACUUUGGGGUGGGUGGUGACGAAACACAGCAUGUCUUGUGGAGAUUGAGCAAUGGAGAGUUGGCCCACAUCAGCCCAAAGGUUGUGGUGCUGUGGGUGGGCACCCAUAAUCACGGUCACACUGCAGAACAGAUCUGUGGAGGCAUUAUGGCCAUAGUCCAACUCAUCAAGGACAAGCUGCCGAAGGCUUACACUCUCGUACUGGGAGUGCUACCCAGGGGUAAGAUGCCCAACCCCCUGCGGGAGAGGAACGCCCAGGUCAACAAGCUGGUCAAGGAGGCCGUGUCCUCUCUCCCCCAUGCCURCCUCCUCAACGUGGACCCUGGCUUUGUGCACUCGGAUGGCAGCAUCUCCCACCAGGACCUGUAUGACUUCCUCCACCUCACCCCUCAGGGCUACCAGGCUGUGUGCCAGCCGCUACACGCCCACCUCAAGGGCCUGCUGGAGAAACAGGCUGAAAACUGAAGACCAACUGAUGGAGAACUGAUGGCCAAUGACCCAAUGACCCCCUCACUACAUCAGAGGUAAAAACCCUGGUACUGGAGAGCCACAAGAGUACAGGCUUUUAGCACAUUCACUGCUUUUAGGACACUUUUUAGUAUUUAAGUACAGACAUUUGUUCCAACCCAUGAUUCAAAUAAUGAUCUAGUCCUUGAUUAGUUGAAUCACAUUGAAUGUUUUGAAUGCUGGGCUGGAAGAAAAGCCUGAACUUAAAAGGCUUUCCAGAACCAGGGUUSGUAACCACUGCACAACUCUAUUCUGUGGGACCGUACUGUAACUUACCACCAAAAUGGCUGAGUAGAGGACCGCUAAGCACUAAUAGGAUCAAACAUCUGUGUUAGUAGUCAGGUUUGACCACUUAUCACCAUUUGAGAUUUGAUUGAGCUGAUUUGAGAGAUUGUCCUUCUCUUCAGUUUCAUUCUGUAUUAUGGAUAUGGUCCACAAUAUGUUCAGGAUCUGUCUUUUCUGGCUGAUAGAUACUUUAUAAGAGCUUCCCCACAGAAGGGUUAGGAGAAUCAGAAAACCUACCAUACUAAAGGUUUGUUUUGUUUCCUCUCAAAAUAUCAACAUUUCUUGUCUUUUUCUCCUCAUGUAGCUUAACCUACAGUCCUAUUGAU